CCCCAACAAAUAACGGGUCGGGUCAGGGCUCAGGUGGGUUAGCCUAUCCAACGUGCCAACCCAACACUAAACAUCUAAAUUUCCAUGCUUUUCCUUAGUUUACUAAUCACGCUCACGCACCUGAGUCUCUGAGAUUGAAUUUGCAAAUUCAUCUUAGAACCCUAAUCCCCUUUUUCUCAAUCGAACAAAUCAUUCCAUCAUCCGGGUGCAAGAGGGAAUGAUAAGAGAGGCAAGCUGCACCGGAUUAUUGCCAAAUUGAAGCCUCCAAGACUCCAAAUUCCUUCAGUGAAUAAUCUGGUUGAAAUGAGCAAGUAUGGCUUGAACCUUAGGCCGGCUAAGCCAAAGAAGCAGCCACCAAGACCUUCCCUCUCCACCCCUUUUGGCUUUAAUGAAGAUGAUGAGAAUGACAUUGAGAGAGAAAUUGCUCUCCAGGCUAGCAAGAAUAAACGUCUCAAGGAAGUCGAGGAGCAGCAAAAGAAAGCCUUGGAGGAAGAUCCAUCUGUAUUUGAUUAUGAUGGAGUCUAUGACCAAAUGAAAGAGAAAGUUGCCCGUCCAUUGGUACAAGAUCGUGAAGAGAGAAAGCCAAAAUAUAUCCAAAAUCUGAUCAAAAAAGCAAAAGAGCGAGAGCAGUAUCGUGAGAUUGUUUAUGAGAAAAAGAUUGCCAAAGAGAGAAGCAAAGAUGACCAUCUGUAUGCUGGCAAAGACAAAUUUAUCACUGAAGCAUAUAGAAAGAAGCUUGCUGAACGAGAGAGACAAAUGGAGCUAGAACGUCUGCGUGAACUCCAAGAGGAAAGAGACGAUGUUACCAAGAAGAAGGACUUUUUGCUUGAUUUUUAUGCAAACCUAGAUAAAAAUGUUGCUUAUGGUGCAAAAGAUGCCGAAGCAAGGAAACAUGACAAUCAGGCUGGGCAUAGAGUUCCAGAGACCCAUGAGCGAGUGAGCCAUGCAUCAAAUGAGCAUGAACCUCGUAAUGUGUCAGAUGAAGUGCAACAUUCAUUGGGCAACUCAAGUUCAUCAGCGGAGUCCCCAAGAGUAAAGAUUGAGGAGGAUCAGGGUGAAGCUUCUAAUCCUUCUGAUAAAAGUUUCAAUACCUUGGAAACGAAGCAAAAUCCUGAGGCUUCUAUGGAAGAAAAGAGUUCAUCUGAACAGCCAUCAGAUUCUCAACCAAAGCCCGAUCAUCACAAAAGAAAUCAAGAUGCUCUGGCUGCAGCAAAAGAGCGCUUUCUGGCACGUAAGAAAGCAAAGGAACAAUGAAAUUUUCCCUGCCUUUGUUCAGAUGUUUGGUGGUUCAUUUGGUCUUUAGUUUUUCGUCCUUGAUCUACUAUCCAUGAACCUUGAAUGCCAAAGAGCUUUAUCUGUUGAAAUGAAUGAAGUGACAUACGUUAUUAGUAUAUGAUAUUUACUUCGUGCCAAUUCAUGAUGCACUUCAUUU